GUCGUGUAUUUAUACUUUGGUUAUGGGUUUUUUUUUUCUUUUCCCCGAUGAGGUUUAUCUGUUUUCCCAAGUCGUUUGAAAUUAUUGUCAUGUUGGUAGCGCUUUCUUCGAUGCGCAUCCAAGUAGUAUUACAGUACCGUAUCAGGGUUAACGACCUGAAAAAAAAAGAAACAAUUAAGAGCUGUUGCUGGGGAUGUCCCCAUGCGAGUUACACCCGUCCAAGGAGAGGCUCGCAGUUAGUGUCCAGCCAACCCACGAGCAGGCAACACACGAAAAAAUGAAGUUGGUCAACAUUUGUUUCCUAUCUCUCGCCAUUUUCGUCGGCUACUCUGUAACCCAAGAGGAAACAGCGGAAGAUCUCGCCAAAUUCAAGGAAUUUAAGAAACGACACAAGAAGACCUACAACGGAGCGCUAGAGCGAGUUCACUUUAAACGCUGGAAAAAGAGGAGGGCCGUCAUCGAUGAUCACAAUAACCAAAAUCGUCCUUUUCUUCUGGGCGAGAAUAUUUACUCAGAUCUAAGCGAGGAAGAGUGGGAUACCUACCUUCUGGGCGUGAAAAUACCCAAAGAAUUCGUCAACACGGAAGAAGUGGUGGUCCCUCCCGAAAGUGCCGUGCAAAGCGUCGGAAAUCGUCAAACUCUUCCUUCGCUGGAUUUACGCAACCACACCUGCAUGCCGCCUGUCAAGAUCCAGUCUCCGUGCGGUGGAUGCUGGGCUUUCAUAGCCACGGCAGCAGUCGAGUUUCAGACGUGUAUCGCUAAUAACGGAACCAAAACUCCUCUCCUGCUCAGUGAACAACAGCUGAUUGAUUGCAGCAGCAGUUACGGCACAAAAGGAUGCAGCGGUGGAUUCUAUUCGCAGGCGUGGGACUACCUCAUGGCUAUUGGUGGACAGGCGAGCAAUGCCACAUAUCCUUAUAAGGCAGCGGUCGGCAAUUGCAGUUUUGUCAAGGAUGUUACUCCAACGGUUGGCAAAAUUUCACGAUACUCUUUUUUGGCUAAAAAUGAAACAGCCAUACUGACGGCAGUGCAAAAGGGUCCCAUCGCCGUGUCUAUUGUUACCAAUUCGAAUUUCACCCUCUACAAGUCAGGCAUUUUUGACGACGACACCUGCAAGAAUGGAACUGUCAAUCAUGGCGUCCUCAUUGUGGGUUACGGCAGGACCAACUCCACCGAUUACUGGAUAGUCCGCAAUUCGUGGGGAACGUCUUGGGGUAUGAGUGGCUACAUAUUUAUGAAGCGCAACGUCAAUAUAUGUCGCAUAGCCGAAUACGCAUUCCUCGCCACCAUAUAAUAAGUGACAUCCGAUAUCAACGACUUCCAGCAGCCUUCCCAAAACAAUUUUACCUUAUUCCUCGACCCUUGCUUACUGAAUUACUAAAUGCAAUGCAGCUUGAAUAUAUAGCUCAUUAUUUAUAACCGCCUAUAAGAAAUCCGAGACCAAUUGUUGUUUAUGUGAUUACAUUUUAUGCAAACGAAAUUAAACUCUACACACACGUU